AUGGCGCGUACGACCACAUCUACCUCUUUACUGGCGACUCAGUCACCAAGGACCACGGACCCCGGAGUUGCCACGCCCGAAAAGGCAGCACCUUCUCUCAUGGCCAAGUCGGAAUUGGGCUCUUUGCUAGUCCACGACAAGGACAUCGAUUUCUUUCCCCAUCUCCCGUCGUACUCUGAUCCCACGACGGGCGUGCUGUCUCUGCUUCCAUCCUCAUGGAUCCCCUACGGCCAGCUGAUGCGUAUCGACCGGCCGGGAGGCCUGUACGCAUUUUACUUUCCCUAUCUGAUCGGCAUCAUGUAUGCAGCUUGCAUUGCCCCCACGGCUCCUUCGCCACUCACCCUCCUGGGGCUCGCUGCCAUCCUUCUCCCCUUCAACGUGCUCCUCCGCGGUGCGGCCUGUGCCUGGAACGACAACGUCGACCAGGGUUUUGACCGUCGCGUCGAGCGCUGUCGCCAUCGCCCCGUUGCGCGGGGUGCGGUCUCGACCACGCAGGCCCACGUCUUCACCCUGGCGCAACUAGCAGUGGGCUACCCGAUCCUGGCCCUGCUCCCUGCUCCCUGCACGCCCCACAUGGCAGUCGCCGUGGUACUUUUCUUCGUCUACGCGCUCAUGAAGCGCGUCACCUACUACCCCCAGGUCGUGCUGGGCUUCCCGUUCGCCUGGGCUAUUUUCUUCUGCGUGGCGGCGCUGGACAUGGACCCCUUCAGCAGCGCCAACGCGGCCCCGACGCUGGCGCUGUUCGCGGCCAACAUCCUGUGGACUGUCACGUACGACACUAUCUACGCGCACCAGGACGUCGCCGACGACGAGAAGGCCGGCGUCAAGGGCAUGGCGCUGCGCUUCAGGAACAGCACCAAGCUCCUAGCCAGCAUCUUGACAGUCGGCCAGGUGGCCCUGCUUGCACUAUGUGGUCACUGGGCUGGCUUCAGCACCCUUUACUUCAUCGGAACCGUCGGCGGCGUCGCGGCUACCAUGACCUAUUACAUCUACGACGUUGACCUGAAGCGCCCUGAGAGCUGUGGCGACUGGUUCCGCGACCAGUUCUGGAUCGUUGGGUCUGGCUUCAUGGCGGGUCUAACUGCCGAAUACGCCAUGAAGGUGAUCGCUUAG